AUGGCUGAGAAUACUAGCCAACAGAAACUGCUUUAUCUGAAUGUGGGAGAUGAGAGGACGAUUUGUGUAUUAGAUACUCCACCACCUCCAUACGAGAACAACCAGCGAGCGAGUACGUCAGCUACGCCAAGGGUAUCGGACGAAUUUGCACCAGAAGAUGCACCACUAUUGCGGCAGCACGAGGAAUACGAUGAGGAGGAGGAACUGGUUGACGAUGACCGGACAGUCUGGGAAAGGUACUGGGCGGGCACGUUUAGUACCUUCCAGUGGAAGGCGUUAGCUCAUUUGUCCGUUAUUUCAUUCCCUUUGGCAUUAUUCGCCUGGAUAUUCUGCUUUGUGGGAAGCGUCAUCACCGCGAGUUUACUGAUCACUCUACCAAUUGGAUUGGGAUUCGGCUGGGUUCUUUUAGUGGGUGCUAGAGCAAUGGCGCGUCUCGAGCUUCAAAUACAGAAUUACUUUUAUCCCAUUCCAAACUAUGUCAUUAAGAAAAGACCAAUAUUCCAGCGCAUUAGACGUGUAAGACCAUUCGGACACGUCGAAUACGAGACCUCGUUUUAUACCAAUAGCUUGGCGAUGUUCCAAGACGCAUACUCAUACAGGUCUCUUAUGUACUUUUUAUUAUUCAGGCCACCAAUCGCACUCUUACUUCUAAUUGUUUCAGUUACAGUCGUACCACUUUCAAUACUUUUAAUAAUUCCUUUACCCGUUUUACUUAGAUUAACAACAGCUUUUGGCUAUUGGCAAGCACAAUACGCGAGAGAUGUACUUCAUUAA